AUGCAGUCGACCCAUCUCAUUGGGUUCCUCUCCCUCCCCCUCGCCCCGGGAAACGGCCGCGCCGUCGCACAUCCUGCCCAUGACCCCGUCACCCCUCCAAGCAUGGUCAAAUUUACGACAGGCAACACCACCGUCCUUCAUGGCACUGCUCAGCAAGUCCGCGCCGAGGCUCUCCUGGAUUGGCACGCUCCGUCUGCCAGCAUGAGCACCAUUGACCGAUCUGCGGGGCCGUUCGACAAGAUAAAGGGCCACAUAGAGCUGCACUGCAACACAUUUCCGCUCGCCGACCAUCGCGCCAUCUACGAGGCGAGGAUGGAUCUCAAUUCCUGGCAGUGGGAUCACGUGCAGCCGACCCUGCCGGCCGGCCCUCGAAAGUGCGGCCAGGUGAGCUGCAGCAGCGGCGCCGCCAUCUGGUGGUGCAACGAUGAGCCGACGACAAAGACUCUCGGAAGCUACCGGGACAUUGUCAACGGCGCCGACUUCAUCACCGCCGUUUGCGGGGAAGCCAUGUACAGCGGUCAGAUAUUUCACCCGCAGAACUGGAACGUCAUAGUGCAAUCGGGAGACUGCUAG